AAACUGUAUGCAACGAUGUGCCGUCUGCGCAUGCUCCCUUCGUAUACGAGUAGACCGGUCGCAGUACGCACACACACACGUAUUACAUACUGCCAACUACUUCCGGAACGAAGAAUCGUCCAUUUUUCUGUACACGCGCAAUGGGUGAAGAGCCAUUUUGUUCGGAACAGCAACGUGGCAACCGGCAUGCCCGGUAUUCCAAUUACCAUGAAUAUUCCUUUACUAUUCUUAAUAGCGAUUACCCGUGUAGCAGUAUGUUUGUCAGCCAGCGAAACGUUGCAAUCGACAAAUGCCUAUUUAACAAUGGCUGAUAAAAGUCAUUUGAAGAAAAUCCUUGAACCAGGUUUAAUAUCCGAUGAUGCAUCUUUUAUGUAUUAUACUGUUCACGGGUAUAGAUUUCUUGGAGAAACUUUGCCGAAUCAACAGGACAUCUGUGAACGCUUAAAAAAAGUAAUGGCUGAGGAGAAUGUGACCACUGAAAAAGCCUUCUAUGUCGCAUCUGCUUCAGAAGCAAUUGGGACCUGUCAAAAUCUUCCUGUACCUGUUCUAGUCACGACACUCUCGAGCGUUAUAGAGAAGGAUGGUUCUAGCAUGUUGGAAUUAUAUUAUGCGGUAAACGGAUUGACUGCGCUAUCUGAGAAAUUGUCACGCGACAAAGUGGACAAGAUUACAAAAGCGGUUCAAAAUGCGUUGCGCAAGGAUGACAAUUUGUGGAACUUGGGCUAUGCUUUCCACGUCGCGUCGGAUCUGGGAACAAGCGGUGCAUUCGCUGCCGACCGAAUCGAAGAUGCCAUUGUACAAGCCGACGAAGUGGAUGGAAAGUAUUUACAGUUUGAAGGUGGUCUUUCAGUGACCAGUUUUCUAGUGAACGGUAUUUUCAAACUAUCUCAAACACUGAAGAAAAAGCCACCGUUAACGUCUCAGCAAAUCGUUAAGAUGGCUAAUUAUCUCUUGUCCCGUCGAUCCGUACAAACUCCGAGAGGCGUGAUGAAUCUGCUUUCGGCGCUGACAACUUUAGCAAACAACGAUUUCGAGAAACCGAUCUGUGUAACGUUAGCUAAUGAAGGCGUCAGUAUAUCCGACAAUCAGCCUAUGGUCACGGUGAAAGUUUGCGACAUUCUUGGUAAUCCGGUUACCGGAGUGUCUAAAGUGAUUGCAAAUUCAGCAACACGAGUUGGAGACGAUGCCGCAAUUUUGAGCAAACAGAGUUUGCAACCCUCGCCGACGGAUAAAACAUUGUUCACGAUGAACUUUUUGGAAGCGAAACCGGAACGUGGAUUCUACAAAAUCUCUGUGACAGCGGGUUCAGUGACAAACACUGUCACUGUAAAAGUUCUUUGCAAAGUGCUGGUCGAUCAUUUGGAAAUUGGAACUGGUGACGCUGAUCAGACGACUCAACCAAAGCUCACACGCGUAGCUUAUCCGGAAAAGCUGAGCCAAAAGAUAGAAGCUGACUCCCAGCAAAAGUUGGUUAUGCGAUUUUUGCUGAAAGACAGUAUCAGUAAGAAGCCUAUGCGUGCACAUCAAGCCUUUGUACGGCUUUCUUCGGCAACCGAGUCGAAAGAUAAAGGCAAGAUGGGACGUGAAAUCAUCUUCGUCGCUGAACCAGAUACGUCGCAGCUUUACAAAUUCGAUAUGCCAGUCGGUUCUGCCGGCGUGAACUUCGAGCAUCAAAGCGGCGAUUAUAACGUGGAGUUGAUCGUUGGAGACGCCAUAUUAGCGAAUCCAUUCCAGUGGACUGUCGCAACGGUGAACUUGAAGUUUCCUGAACCGACCUCGACCGAACGCGUAGACAAAACCGCAUCGUACAAGCGUAAAUUGAACAUUUAUGCGACUAAACCAGAGAUACAGCAUAUGUUCCGCGAACCCGAGAAAAGGCCAGCCGCUUUCGUUUCCAAUUUGUUUACAGGCCUGUGUUUGGCCCCAGUAUUAUUGCUUUUCAUUCUGUGGGCAAAACUCGGAGUAAACAUAUCGAAUUUUCCACUUUCUUUGAGCGCGAUAACAUUCCAUCUUGGCUUGGGAAGUAUUUUCGUACUUUUUGGAAUAUUUUGGUUACAACUCAACAUGUUCGUUACACUUCGAUACCUGCUUGGCCUUGGAAUCGUAACGUUUCUCGCCGGCAAUAAGAUGCUAUCGCGUAUAGCACAUAAACAUAAAUUACGAUAAAAGCAAUUGCAUCGAACAAUUUUACUCUAGCAUGAUCAAAUCGUUCAAUUAUUGAAAAUAAACACGAGAAACACCCGAAGGCUGAUGUUGCUCGAUCGGGGAACGGUCUUUGACGAAGCUGCCGUUCGCUUCUUCGGUCCAUCGAAUUAUUAUAGUUUCAAUGUCGUCAACAUCCGUUCUAUUUACAUUUGACGCAUGAAAACUUUUCGCUGCAAUGGCGUGGUAUGUGGUGUUGUCCCGCUGUUGUUGCACGUGUGCUCUUGCGAUAUAUAGUUUCGCCGAACGCGCACUGUCUCGAGGUGCUGUCAUUUCUUCCGUUGAUUAUUAGAGAGAAAAAAAAUAUUCUUUAUGCACAUAGAAUUAUCGGUAUAACGAGCGUGUACGUAAACAUUUGAAGCUACAAUACAGUUUAUCGUGAAAAACACUCGUAGAGUAACAGAGAAGAAGAACCAUAAUACAUACCUAUCAUUGAUGCGCCGAUAUGUGUCGCAUCUGGUAAAAUAUUGGUCUGCGAAUAAUAAGAAAACAUUGAGUAUGACUGUAGAAAA